CAGUUGUGAGUCGUAGAGACGUGUAGUGUUCAUUUCGAGCAUAAAACGAAAAUUAUAAAACAAUGUCGAAUGAAAAUACAUUAGAUUUAAAUUACGUGCUUGAAUGCUUUCAAAAAAGUUUAAAAGAGAACGAUGACGUUAUUAUAGAAGCUUACAUAGAUGGAUACAAUGAAUUGGUGAAGUUCUUAAACCUCAUCGGAACAGUGUUUUCAUUUGUAAGUAGUGAUGUGAAGAGUAAGAUUAAGGUAAUGGAGAAACAUAGAACAGGUGAAGACUCAAUAUACUAUGAGUCCUUUAAAAAAAUGAUGAAGUACGAAAAAGAAACAAGCCUACACGAAAAGAAUGGUUUUGUUUCUGGAUCUCGUACAAUGCUGCGUUUGCAUCGAGGUUUGGAUUUCAUCCGUCUAUUCUUAAAACGCAUCAGUGAAGCCGAAGAAACUGCAAACACAUGCACAACUUGUCAAAGCUCAUAUAAUGAAACUUUAGCAGAGUUCCAUCCCUGGUAUAUUCGUAAGGCUGCAACAUUAGCAAUGCAUGCUCUGCCGACACGGCCUGAUCUAUUGAAGAAGAUAUUCGGUUCCGAAGACAAACUGACUGAAGCAUUAGCGAUAUUGCCGCAAACACUACAGUCGUGCGAUGAAGUGUACCAGCGUGUGGAGCAACUGUACACGGAGUUUGGGUUCCACGACUUGCCAUAGACAAUUGGUCGUUUUUAACGGUCACCAAUGUGAAUAUUUGCUCCAUAGUGCAUAAGAUGUGAGUGGGCAACAUUUGAUUAAUACGGCCUUUUUAUACGCGUCUGUCAAAUACUGGUAUUAUAUAUGUUCAAAUACCAUUAAGGAAAAGUAUGAAAUAAAAUAUUUAUAUUUAUGCACUAUAUGUAUAUGUUAUGCUCAAAGACCGGAAUUGGUUGAAGUACACGAUAAAAGCAAGUAAAAAACUAACUAACUAUACCAAGUAUUUCUCAGGACGCGUUGUAAGUCGGAAUAUUUUAACAAUGUUUCAUUUACAUCAAUAUUUCAACUUUCCCAGCAGUUGAGUCGAUAUUUUUACAUUUAGUCGUAAAAAUAGGUAGAUAUACAAUAAAAAAUGGUCUAUAUACUUUUAUUAUUAAAAGCUAAUCAUGUUUUUGGGUUUGGAUAUUCUGUCUAGAGACUUUCGAACAUUCUUGUCUAUGGUCUAAACUCUAAGGAAGCUUUAACGUCAUUAGUCGUUGAGGUCGUAUGGAAAGUUAUGCGUAGGGAAAGGCUUUUAAUGGCAGCUAUUAUAAAAAAAAUUGCUCAAAUAUACUAAGUAUUUUGAUGUAAAUUAUUCACAGAAUUGCAAUUGUUCAACUGCUCUAAUCAACAAUUUAAUUGUAUGAGAUUAUCGAUAGAAUAACUAGAUACUGCUUUGUUGCAUUUUCUCUUUAGAAUAUGUCAUCAUGAAGGAGAGAGAAAACUCUACUUAGGUUACCAAUUUAAAAUUUAUAAACUACUUGUACACCGCUUACGCAUGACAUACUUGCUUCCUGUGUUGCCCAUUAUAAUAAUAUUUAUGGUAAAUAUUUGUAGUAUUUUUUAUUCGUAUGUUAUUAAGUAAGUAUUCCGCGGUGCAUUAGAUUAAGCAUAACAUAGGUAUUCGUGUGCAUUUUAUCGUAUAUAAGCUAAUUAAGCUAUAGAUUUUAGGAUAAUUAUUUUAUUUAAUAAGUGUAACAUAGUUGAAAAUGCGUAACUAGUCACCAAUUGCGAGAAACAAACAUGAAAUCGUCCUGUUAUAUAG